UCGGGGAGUGUCUGAGCGGCUGGUUGGGCUCUGAAGCCAAGAAGAGCAUCUGCAGGAACAAUGAAUCGGGUGACUUAGGAGGAAGGAGAAGGAGAUGAUCUAUAACAGGCCUGAGCUGGACGUAUGAGGAGUGUCGGAAAGAUGGACUCUCAAACGAGCAGCGAUUUGCUGGAUAUCAGUAGCGUGAAUGACCUCUAACGAUUCAAGGAAUUGGGAUUUUUAAUACUUUACUGCUUUCAGUCUGUUUUCCAACAGACUAUAAAGCCGAUAGAUUUGUGUUUGCUUUUUAUUAAACACUCUUUAUAUCAUAGCUUAAUUCACCUUUAUGUCUUAUUUCUUGAUUUACACGAAUAGCUGCUUAUUCCAUGGCCUAAGCUUUACUUGAUUUUUCCCCCUGAAGUGUCGGAUACUUACAGCAGUCUUUCUUUACCAAAGUAAUAUAUAUAUUUUUAUAAUUCAUUUAAACCAGUGAUUCAUAUUAAUCUGCUCUAGCUAUUAAAGUUCUUUUUAAUAACGUCACUUUUAAUCCCAACUGCAAUGACUUCUUUGUGAGACACUGAUGCCAUAAUCUGCUGGAUGUCAUGAGUUGGCCAUCUGCUGUUGGAACCUGUUUCAACCUGCAAGCCGAUUAACCAGCAAAAAGGAUCCAAGGUAUCAGUAAGGACAUUUCUGUUCCAGGACUUUGUUGGCCACCUGGCAAAGGAGGGAUGCUGAGGGCCACCGUGGGCUCAGUGGAGGAGAGAGAUGAGGAGCAGGAGGAUGAAGGUGAAGAAGAGUUGAGGGAUGGAGGAGUACCUUUCUAUGUGAAUAGAGGAGGACUCCCGGUGGAUGAAGAGACUUGGGAGAGGAUGUGGCGCCAUGUGGCUAGAAUCCACCCCACUGGUGAAGCACUGGCAAAGGAGAUAAGGGGUGCCUCCGACCUGCCCAAGAUUCCAGUACCAAGUGUGCCUACCUACCAACCAACAACCCCUAUCCCAUCACGCCUGGAAGCCAUACAGAAGUACAUCAGGGAAUUGCAGUACAAUCACACAGGAACACAGUUUUUUGAGAUAAAGAAAAGCCGUCCUCUUACUGCGUUAAUGGACAUUGCAAAGGAGAUGACACGAGAGGCUCUGCCAAUCAAAUGUUUGGAGGCAGUGAUCCUGGGGAUUUACCUCACUAACAACAUGCCAGGUGUGGAGCGUUUUCCCCUCAGCUUUAAGUCUCAUUUCUCAGGGAACCACUUCUACCACAUUGUGCUGGGAGUUCACAGCGGGGGACGCUUUGGUGCACUGGGCAUGAGCCGAAGGGAGGACCUCAUGUUCAAGCCCCUGGAGUUCCGAACACUACUGGACUUGGUUCAGGAAUUUGAACGAUCCUACAGGGGCUACUGGCACACCCUGCGCAAGGUCAAAAUCGGCCAAUAUGUGUCUCAUGACCCACACAGUGUGGAGCAGAUAGAGUGGAAACAUUCGAUACUAGAUGUAGACAAGCUGAGCAAGGAAGAGCUACGAAAGGAGCUGGAGAGACACACUCGAGAUAUGAGGCUGAAGAUAGGAAAGCCGGCACCUCCCUCUCCCACCAAAGAUAGAAGAAAUAGCAUGGGUUCACCUCUUAGAGGACCAAGCAGCCCCAUCCGGAGGAUCAGCCGAGUAGAGAGACGUCCUUCGGGAGAGAAGAAGAUUUUGGAACAGAAAUCAUCAACAGACAUUAAUGGAUACCAAAUUCGAGUCUAAAGAAGAAGAAUUUGGAUUGUUUGCUUGUGAAAUUUCCCACACAGCUGUUUCAUGGGGCCAGUGUAACUUGUUUAUGUACACACUGGCCCGUUCACAAGAUGUAGUGUUGAAUAGGCCACCAGCAACUUUUUCUUCCUGAAACAAAUGCCUCAUUCAUCUUUCAUGUGUUGCUACAGGCUUCUGUCUGGAACAGCACUGUUCACAGUAAUUGGUGCUGGCGGUGCUCCCAACUCAUGCUAAGAGGGAGUAAAUGCAUAGAAAUAUGUAAAAUUCUUUUUUUUAAAUAGGUGAAGAUUUGCUAUUUUAACACAGGAAUAUUAUCUUUCUCUGAAGCUGAGAAGAAGCACCACUUCUUCUAGAUGUUCUACAGAACAUAUCACAUAUCCUUGUGCUUUAGGCUUGUCUGUAAUCUGUAAAGUCGUCCUGUCAUUUAAUAUAAAUCCACUUAGAUUCUGCUAGGCAGUGAUUACACAUACGUGACCUCUGCCCUUGUGCCUUGUUUGAAAAGAGUAUUAUCCAGCCCUACAUUUUAAUUUUCUAACCAAACACAAAAUGGUGUAACAGGCCUCCAACUCCCAGAGGUUAGUAUUUAGCAUGCUAUUUAAUUUGUGUGAGAAAGUGUCUGUUGAUCUCAAUCAGGGAUCAUUCAGACUUUAGGGUUUAAAAUCUGUCACAUGAACCAAAACAGCUAUCAAGAUGACUAAUAUAAUAGCGACUGACUGAUCCAGGCUGCAUUAGGUGUGAUAUACCUGUUCUGUAUUGUUUUCUAUUUUUAUUUGUAGCAACAUUCACUUGCCUUAAAUGGUUUCCAAGUGGCUGACUUGUGUAAAAGCAAAGGUGUAAAGAAGUUUGUUUACAGCACUUUUAUCUGGAUUUUGUAUUUUUAUUAGAAUUUCUGUCAUUUUAUACUAUCUUCAGUGUUGGUGAUCACUGUUAAAAAAACUUCAUAUUCACCACACAUUGUUUUGAAUGUUGCUAUAGACAAUGUUUUUAUUUGUACAGUGGGUGUUGUCUACCGUCAUUUCAGUGCUUCGUACCACUUUUGUUUUGUACCAAAACACAGCUGAUUUACAUGAUUAGAAUAAAGGGUAAUUCCAGUUU